AUGGACAACGGCUCCAGUGCCGACUCGACCUGCUCGACAGGCUCCAGUAUGCCGGACCGUGUGCGCUCCCUUGCCCUGGCCUCCGGCACACCAAAGGAGACCGAUGAGCCGUACUAUCCCAGCAUCCGUCCCGUUCGCACUGUUUCGUCGAAGGCAAAGGUCGGUGAAUACAAGAACCUUCUCAAAGAGGGCCGGCCUCGUGUUUGGGGCGGUAAUCCCUGGACUAGGUGCCAAGCUCACGACACCGACCUGCAGCGCCUGCUUGUGUUCAAGUUUGUGGAUGCCGCCCACGGCCUCCCGACGCACGUUCUGCUGAUGCCUGAUGAUCAGAUUGUCAAGGUCUGCGCGGCCCGGUACGACAUGAUGAUGAUGCUGUUCGAUGAUCUGGAGUGCUUUGACUGGCAUGACUUUGUCAGCGAGGCCAAGGCGUAUCUUGCCGAGAUGGAUGGGUCCGAGACCACAUUUCGGAUGCUGCGUAUAGAGCUUGGCAAGCGCCUUGCUCGUCUUGCGAGGGAUACGGACCACUUUGAUAUCUGGCAGAGGGACAUGAUUCGUCUUGACCAUCUCUGCCAGCUGGUCAUUGUUGACUGCUGUGAUCCUGUUGCUGAUCCACCUCGCCCGUCUCUCGUCCGUCGUCUGACGCGUAGACUCAAGCAGUGA